GUAGUGAGUUAUUAAGCAACAUUGUGAUAAGAUCAAGUUCCUUUUUGAGUUUUGAUCUGGGAGUGGAAAACAUAUUCAUCUUCUUCAUCAUCGGCAACCAGGUCCAACAAGAUGGCUGAUGUGCGCUGGCGGUUGUUGGCACUUAUUGUGGUUGUCAUGGCAACAAAGACCCAGGCCAUCGACCAGAACGUGCUUGGCACAAUUGUUAAACAAGUCCUCCAAAGGCUUCACUUGAAUGGGGGACUGCCCAUGUUCAGUGUGGCCGUGCGUGUCCCCCUGGGUUCUAACAGUCAAUAUGACGUCGCCGCCAUACCUGACCCGGGUGACAACAUCAAGAACGCCAUCCUGAAAUGCCGCGUCUACGAGGGCGAGCACGUGGUGGCCGCCACCCUCCUGCGGUGGCCCGACGUGCUCAAACAGUGUCCCGAAGAGAAGGUGCCGUGGGAAGAUGUUCUGAAGGUGUGCAAGCAGUCCUCCAUGACCUGGCAGCAAGUAAAGGAUAAGUGCCCCAACUACAUAUAUGACAACCGAGCGGACCACGCCGAGUACCGCGUUCUGAACACCUUCAAGAAGUGGGUGGAUGACAAGGAGAAGACGGGUCUGAUGCUCUUCUACGUCUUCGCCUCGCCGUGCACAAACAGAUGCACGCAUGAGAACAACGAGCUGAACAUCCUAAAGCUGGUGGAGAACAUCAAUCAGUGGCCCCAGCACGUCUUGGUCUUCUCCAAGGUCUUCCAGCCUAAAGGCAAAGACCCCAUCGAGGUCGAAAAACUCAAGGCCGCGCUCAGCAACCUGGGAGACCAUCUCGGCAAAGGCGGCCUCGGGAACAUCUUCCGCUGCGACAGGGAGGGGUGGCACAUGAAGUGUGUCAGCUGUUCCGGCGGGGGGGGGGAGGUCACACCUCACUGCUACCAAAAUGAGCAGGACCAGUACAUCCAGGAAGGAGGGAGCAGGGGGGGUAACGUAAGGUGGGACGAGGGGGGGCAGGUCACACCUAACUGCUACCAAAGUGGGCAGGACCAGUACAUCCAGGAAGGAUGGAGCAGGGGGGGCAACGUAAGGUGGGACGUGGGGGGGCAGGUCAUACCUAACUGCUACCAAAGUGAGCAGGACAAGAAGACAGACAAAGGAGGCGGGGCCAAGCGUGGGCGCGGCUGA